UUUUAAUAGCAUGACUAUUCAUGUAUCAAUGCCAUUUCAUAAUCCUACCGGUUUCUUGGAUAAAAAUCAUGUUCUCAAGCCAUAGAUUUCUGUAAUAGGACCGCCAUCUUUGAGUUAUUAAAGUUUGUAUCUUGUUUCAUCUUCUCAAAACUGUUAAAUUGAAUUAGACAUGAGAAUUCCUCAACAUGCCAUGGCUUUUACAAUUCUACUUCGUCUUCUUACUUUCCUCUCUAUAGGCAUCACUUUUAGCAAUGGCCGGAGAUGUUACGGCACAGCAAACUUCACAACAAACAGUACUUAUGGCAAGAAUCGCAACCUAAUCGUCUCAACUCUUGCAGCUAAUGUAUCAACAAAAGGUGGCUUUUAUACUGCCACAAUUGGCCAAGACACCAACCAAGUUUAUGCUUCUGCACUUUGCAGAGGCGAUUCUUCUACAGAAGUUUGUUCCAGCUGUGUCAAUUCCACAUUCCAUGAUCUCGUAACCAAUUGUACCAACCAAAGCCAAGCCAUUGACUGGGAAGUGUUCUGCGUUGUACGCUAUUCAAACCAGCGUUUUUAUGGGGUAUUGCAGCUGGAUCCUACGGAAUCUGGAUAUAAUACGGGUGAUCUCAAUAUGAAUUUGACACUGUUUGAUCAGAUCUGGGAAAGUUUAAUGGAUCGCCUGGUUACAAAAGCCUCUAUGGGUUCUUCUAUGCUCAAAUUUGCAACUGGAGAAGCUAAUUUGACUUUGUUUCGGAAGAUAUAUUCUCUUAUGCAGUGUACUCCUGACUUACCCCCGAGUAAUUGCGAUUAUUGCCUUCGUCAGUCUGUAUCUAAAUACCAGAGUUGCUGUCAUGGGAAGCAAGGAGGUUAUGUUGAUAGGCCGAACUGUGUUUUUCGCUGGGAUUUGUAUCCCUUUUAUGAUUCAAUUGAGGCUCAAUCUCCAUCUCCAUCUCCUCCACCACCACCGAGAAUUUCUCCUCCACAGGUAACUAAUGAGAUACCUGACAAAGGAGGCAUUUCCCCUGUAGCUGUUGCAAUUAUUGUUGUCUCUAUAAUUUUUACCAUAGCAGUAUUUGCUGCUGUCAGUUAUGUCCCUUUAAGAAGGAGAAGAAAGGCGAAGAAGGAGAUAAGAAGAAAGCAAGAGUUAAAGGAUGACGCUGAUGAAAUUGAGCCUGUGGAAUCCCUGCAAUUCGACUUCAGCACUAUCAAAGCUGCAACUGAUAAUUUUUCCACUGGUAAUAAGCUUGGACAAGGUGGAUUUGGUUCCGUUUACAUGGGAAGACUUCCAGACGGACAGGAUAUAGCCGUGAAAAGGCUGUCCAGAGAUUCAGGACAAGGAGAUCUAGAAUUUAAAAAUGAGGUCCUCUUGAUGGCCAAGCUUCAUCACAGAAAUCUAGUUAGGCUUCUAGGUUUCUGCUUGGAAGAUAAAGAAAGGCUUCUUAUAUAUGAGUUUGUGCCAAAUUCAAGCCUAGAUAACUUUGUAUUUGAUUUUGGGAUGGCAAAGUUAUUCGAAUUCGAUCAAACUCGAGGUGAUACAAGUAGAAUUGUUGGAACCUUUGGGUAUAUGCCUCCUGAAUAUGUGUAUUAUGGACACUUUUCAGUCAAAUCCGAUGUUUUCAGCUUUGGCGUAUUAGUCUUGGAAAUCAUAACUGGCCAAAAGAUCAAUAGCUUUUGCGGCGGAAAAGAAGGAGAGAACCUGCUAACUUAUGCAUGGAGAAAUUGGAAAGAGGAGACAGCUUUAAACAUGAUAGAUCCCACUUUAAGGGGUCAUUUCAGUGGUGAAAUUAUCAGAUGUAUUCAUAUUGGAUUACUUUGUGUUCAAGAAAAUGAAGCUGAUAGACCAACGAUGACUGCAGUUGUUCUCAUGCUUACUAGCGGCUCUGUGUCUAUCGCAGUGCCCUCAAAACCUGCAUUUUACAUGAACACAUCCGUGAGACCGGAUGAUUCAACAAGAAUCACUUUGCGUGGUAGAUCAAAAAUCAAUGAUGCCCAAUUUACAGUGAAUGAAGCUUCAAUUACCGAGUUGUAUCCUCGAUAAUGUAUAAUGAUGAUGGAUCUUUAAGCUUGUUCAUAUUAUUAUUAUUUUUUUUAAAGCUUUUGGGUUUCAAUAAUUUCAGAUCCUUUGCUUUUGAUCUAGAAUGAUAUGCAAGUCAUUAAACUGAAGUAUUAAUUAAAGGACUUUUUAAUAGUUA